UAAUAUUUUUUUUAUUCAUUAAUGAUUAUAUAUAUAUAUAUAUAUAUAAUUUAUUUGACAUUUGUUUUAAUUGGUAAAGCCGUGCAAUCUCAACCUUCGAUGAAUAAGUUUUACGUUUCUCGCACGAGUUACACUCUCUUGUGUCAUUUCUUACCUCUAUGGUGCGUGCACAAGUCUGAGCUUUUUAAGGUUACGAUUGAGAAAAUGACAAAACUGUUGGAGUGGUUAUCAUGUGCAACUGUGAUUUUUAGUAUCUGGUUUGCUACGAUCACAAGCAGCUCUACUUUUGUUAAGGAAUGGCAUGAAAUAAUACUUUUUCUUCCAAUCAUUUGCUUGUUUCUCUUUGGUUUGUACGCGGCUACCGUCGUUCUGUACAGAGUAUUCACCUUCAACACCUGCGACAGUGCAGCCAUCGAACUUCAACAACAAAUAGAGGAAGCUACAAAGGAUCUUCAGAGCAAAGGUGUAAUAUUAUCAAAAGAGGCUUCAACUUAAAACUUGUAUAAAUAAAAUUUAAAAUAUUACAAAUUUUCUACUCUAUAUAUCUGUAUGUAUUAUAUUUUAUCUUUAUUCGUAAAAUGAUAAUGUAAUAGAAAUAAAAUUAUGAUAUUUAUUUUAUAUAUGUAUGACUAAAAAGAGAGAAAGAGAAAGAAUAUCUGCAUCUUUCCUAAAAAUUAUUUUUAGACAAUAAUACAACGUACUAAGUUAUAUUAAAUAAAAUCUUAAUUUAUUCAUUUAUGCUAUGUAUUACAAGUAUGUUGAGCACACAACCGAGCAUUCUUUUUUUUAACAGCAUUGUUUUCUAUUAACUUCAUAUUUCUAAAAAAAUGAAGAAUAAAAUUUAAUUCAGUGUAAUAGAUUGGUAAAUUUUAUGCAUUGUUAUUAAAAAUUCUUCAACAAAUAAUUUUUCACUUUACUAUUAUCUUUUUACUAAGUAUAAGAGCAAUGGAAUUUUUUUUAAAUAUUUAUUAUCAUUUUAAUGAUAUUAAUAAGUAACUGUAUAGAGAGAGAGAAUACAAAUUCAAGGAUUCAGAAUUUCCUGUAACAUGCAUAAGUACGUACAUACGUAUGUAUGUAAUAUUAUGCAAUGCGCAUAAGUCUAAUAAUUAGUCUUUUAUUAUACAAAAAAAACCGCAUAAUAUCGCUUGCUAUUUUAUGCUGCAAAAAAAAGUAAAAUUACACAUCAUAUUUGGAAUACAAUCUAUAAUAUUAUACCACAUUUUAGCGCGCUUUUUAAUAGAAUUCCAACAUAAUGUAUAUAACAAUUAAUAUUCAAGUGCUUAUAAUUUCGAGAGUACUAUCAAUAGAUAUGUAGUGUUCUAUAGUUGUUUUAUUUAAUUUAUUUAUUCCAAUCAAUUUGUGUGUGGUAAGCAAACAAAACUCCUUACUAUUAGCAAGAACUUAAUAAUGUGAUAUUUACAUAUCAAAUUAUAAUUUUUGAGAUCUAGAAAUUGAUUAAGAACAAAAUUAUAUAUAUGGCAGGCUAUUUUUUUUAUAAUACGCUCUUAGUUUACCAGAUUGUAAUACAUGCAAGAGAGCUUUUAAAUCAAUUUUUGAAUAUUAUCAUUUAAAAGUAGAUCUCUUUGUACAUACAUACAUAAAUACGGAUAUACGCAAGUACACAUACAUAAACGGAUGCACUCUAUAAUUUUUAUAUCAGAAAGCCGAAUAAAUGUACAAAGUGUACUUAUUAUAUCUAUUUGUAGAUGUGUUUAGACAUGUAUAAAACAUAUCUAUAACAUGAGAGUGAAUAUAUCUCUUCAAUUUAUAUAUUUGCGACCCUCAAUAUAUAUAUAUAUAUGAUACACACAUAUAUAUAAUAUAUUGAAAUAUAUAUGCAUAUAUAUAUAUGUAUACAUAUAACUACUGCAAGAUAUACUUUUGCAGAAUAUUCCAUACAACAGUAGGCUUUCUCAUAUAAAAACAAAAUUAUAUUGCUCCAUAUAUAUUUUAAGAAACAUAGAGCAUUCAUAGGCUGUAUAAGGAUGGAUUUUAUAAUACCGUUUGCUGUAAGCAAUAAUUCUUUCUCUCAUAAAAAUGUGUUAUAUUAUGUUAAAUGAAAAUGUUUUUAAAAGUAUGAAACAAGAGAGUCGGUAUACGUAAUAUUACGGUAUGCGUGCUUAUCUUAGAUUCAGUCGCUUACCAAACACACCAAGGGUUUUAUCUACACAA